CAUGGUGCAGGGUGGAAACGCGCGGUGUGCCAUCAGCCUCGGUCGGUGCUCUCGGCAAAAACCUCACACAUGCAAGCCCGGCAAGAAACAUGCUGUCAGCUCUCAAGUUUUGGGCAUUACUGUCUUUGUCGGUGUGCUUCCUGUCUCAACCUGGCCAUUUGAAAAAGGUUUUCAGAUGUCCUUCAACAUGCAGCUGCUCCAAGGAGUCAAUCAUUUGCGUCGGGUUCUCUUAUAUCCCAAGGCUUGCCCCCUCUGAAAUCAGUUCUUUGAGUAUGGUCAAUGGGACUUUCACUGAGGUCAAAGAGGCAAUGUUUGCUCACAUGCCAUCCCUCCAGCUACUGCUUUUGAAUUCAAAUUCUCUAACGACUGUAAGAGAUGAUGCAUUUUCAGGACUUCCUCAUCUGGAGUACCUGUUCAUUGAGAGUAAUAAGCUAGAAACUACAUCUAAAUAUGCCUUCAGAGGACUCAGGGACUUGACUCACUUGUCUUUGGCUAACAACAACAUUAAAGCCUUGCCCAGGGACCUCUUUUCAGACCUGGACUCACUGAUAGAGCUGGAUCUGCGAGGUAAUGCCUUUGAGUGUGACUGCAGAACCAAAUGGCUCAUGACGUGGUUGAAGAGCACCAAUGCCACAGUGUCGGAUGUCGUGUGUGCUGGACCGGAGGACAUGAAGGACAAGCGCCUCAAUGACAUGAACAGCCUGCACAAUGAGUGCAUGUCAACGGAUUUUGUCCUUCACCAGUCUCUGACAUCCGAGUCUUUGUCUGUUGACACGUUCAGCUAUAAGAAUGAUGUCUAUGUGACUAUUGCUGCUCCCAGCACAGAGAGCUGUAUGGUUUUCCAGUGGGACCACAUUGAAAUGAACUUCAGGACUUAUGAUAAUAUCACAGGCCAGUCCAUUGUGGGAUGCAAGUCAGUUGUCAUCCAAGAUGAGGUGUUUGUCAUAGUAGCACAGCUCUUUGGUGGUUCCCGCAUUUACAAAUUUGAUGAGGAUCAAAGCAAGUUCAAUAAGUUCCAAGACAUUGAAGUGUCCAAGAUCUCCAAGCCCAAUGACAUUGAAGCGUUCCAGAUUGGCUCUGACUGGUUCUUUGUAGUUGCUGACAGCUCAAAAGCUGGCCUGUCCACUCUCUACAAGUGGAACGAUAGCGGCUUUUACUCAUAUCAGUCCCUGCAUGAGUGGUAUCGUGACACAGAUGCAGAGUUCUUGAACUUGGAUGGGAAGGCCCAUCUUAUUUUGGCAAGCCGUUCCCAGGUUCCUGUGAUUUACCAGUGGAACCGGAGCAACCAGAAGUUUAUCGUGCAGGGCGAGAUCCCCAACAUGGAGGAUGUUGUGGCAGUGAAACACUUCCGGAUCAAGGAGGAGCUCUACCUGUCUAUGACGCGGUAUAUUGGAGAUUCCAAAAUUCUACAGUGGGGUCCCAAACAGUUUGUAGAGAUCCAGGCUCUGCCCUCACGAGGCUCCAUGAUUCUUCAGCCCUUCUCUUUCAAGGAACGUUACUACCUGGCUCUGGGAAGUGACUACACUUUCUCACAAAUUUUCCUGUGGGAUGAUGAAAAGAAACUCUUUGAACGCUUUAAGGAGGUGUACAUCCAGGCACCUCGUUCUUUCACUGUGGUUUCCACUGACCGCAGGGACUUCAUAUUUUCCUCCAGCUUCAAGGGAAACACACAGAUCUUUGAACACAUCAUCAUUGACCUGAGCUUGUGAGGGGCUGUGCCUUAUUGUCCCUCCUACAAUCAAAUGUCUUCCAUUAAAAAAAAAAAAAAGAUAUUUGUAGGAAACAAAAAGGAUAAGACUAAACUGUUAGAUAAUAAAUACCUGCAUAGUUCUGACACAAAACUAGAGCUUGGUCAAGUUGUGUCUUUACUAUUUCUUGAUGGCCUUGUCCGUUUCUUGGAUCCCGUGGCUUUUCUGACUUUAGAGGUUCUACGAUUUCUCAAAGACUAAUUGUUUUCCGAAUGUGAAAAAAAGUGGAAAAUAAACCAAACAAAACUCAGAAAAUAGAAAUGAAUCAAUUUGGAUGUCUAGCAUUUCUGUUAAAAAAUAUCAUCCUCAGUGUAAUACAUCAGAAUUUGUGAGAAAAUUUGGUUUUACUGUCAUUAUAGCCUGUGGUAAUUGUACAGUACUUUGACCUAGCAGAGCAGGGGUUUGAUGUUCUGAUGGGCCCACAGUGCCUCCCUCUGGCCGUGAUAAUGUAUUACAUCCUUUCCAAACGGAAUGUAUUGAAAGCACAAACCUUUAAUUAUCAUAGCUGAGAUCUCAGAGUGUAUAGGUGUUUUGUGGCAAAUGUAACUGUGGGUGCUACAGAUUGUAAUCUAUACAGUAGUUUAAAAAAAAAAAAAAAAAAAGGAAGUAAAAUAUCCAGGAAAGGAUGUAGCUGAAUGCGCCUCAACAAACUCACAUAGAGAAUCCCCAUUUUGAUACAACUUUUAGAUCAGAGGAUUUAAUAAUGACAAAGUAGAUAGAAGUUCUUGUUGUUGAUCAGGGAAACUAAACCUACUAUUUCGAGUUCAUCUAGUUUGAAAAAUAAUCAUUUUUUUUGGGCUUUCAACAUUAUUUUACUUCUUUUUUUCUUAAUGAAUAAGUUCCUUACAGACAAUUCUGAGGCCUCAAAGGAAAAGAAGGUAAAGGUAACCAUUGAAAAUUUGAGGCUUUUUUAGUAUGUUGUUUUAAAAUACUGAAUGUUGACAACCUUCAAGAUGUACAUAAAAUCAGGACUGCAAUGCCACACUACCUGUUAUGAACAGAUCUUUGCACUUAUACAAAUCAAAUAUUACUGCAGCUUGCAAGAGCAUGACUUUUUAAAAAAAGGGUGGUUGCCAACUUAUUUUUAGAGAAGCUUUAACAAAGAGUUAAAGUGCUUUUAUUAAUGAAGUGAAUGACAUUGUAAACAAAAAAAAAGAGCAAGCUUUACUAUUCUUUUGUAUGAUUUAGUUUAUGCUACUGAAUGUUAAUCAAAAAAGCUACUGUAAGUUUAAUGAGUUAACUAACAAAAUAAACGUGUAAAAAUAUGA